ACAUACUAUAUCCUACAUAUAUUCCCUAGAUGGAUCUGGAAAAGGAUAUUCUGAAGGACAUGGCGGAUGGAAUGCUAAAUGAUGUAGUAUCUUCGAGGGCAUACGAAUGGUUGUUUAAGCGAUAUGAUAGCCUUUUCAAGGAUAAGAUAGUUAUGGACGUGGGAUGUCGCAGUGGACUACUUAGCCUAAUGAGCGUGGAGGUGGGUGCUGUUAAGGUCAUAGCUGUGGGCAAUAAGGAAAGUGCUGAAUUUGUCAAAAAAGUUAUUUCCGAAAGCGAGAAGGAGGAUAUCUUCGAGUUCGUCGAGGGCGAUAUUAAUAAGAUCAUUUUGCCUUGUGGUCUGAAGAAAGUGGAUGUAAUCGUGUCAGAGUGGAUAGGACACUCAGUGUUCGUGGAUUCCCUUUUCAAGGAGGUGAUCUAUGCAAGAGAAAAAUGGCUUGUAAAAGGUGGUCACAUUAUUCCCAAUGUGGCUCAGCUUUUUAUCUGUGGAGUAGCACAGCAUCAGCGAGAGACCAUCGAGGUGAACAUCCUUCCUCAGACGGAUUAUCCCGGUCGGAGUUAUAUGGUCAUGGAACCCGUAUGUCUGAUAGAGGAUUAUGUGACCAUGGAGCAGCAGGUCACUGAGAAGUUCCUCUUGAAGACCAUCGAUCUCUGCACUGCCCAUAUAAGUGAUGAAAACUUUAGACUCCCCUUCAAGCUGAGGGGUCUAACGGACAGUUCUCUGGGAGCUGUGGUUCUUUACUCGGACAUAGGAUUCUCCCAACCCAUGGGCAAGUAUAGGCGUUUGUUCUCCACGAAUCCCAAGAAACCUCGCACCUAUCUGAAGCAAACUAUUCUCUUCGUGGACGAUCCCGUUGAGGUGGCCAAGCGUGAGCUUGUGGAGGGUUUCCUUGGGAUGUACUACAAUCCCGAUGAGCAUCGCGAAGUGGAGUACUCCCUCUCGUUCGCUGGUUUUACGGUGGAACAUUCAGGAUCUGAAGAAUCGGAGGAACCUGAAGAAGUUUCGGAAUCCGAUUUCGAGCCAGACGUUGUGGAUUUGAGGGAAAUAAAAGAGUUCUCCUGUUGA